AUGGUGUUACAUCAAUUGCCAGCGUCAAUAUCAUUAGAUUUUUCUCUUUCCACCUGGCAAUAUGGAUUCUGGAAUGAAGAAUUUCAUGUCUGUUCGGAAGAUUUUCUGAUAAAAAGUACGGUUAUAGGAAGCAGUGCGUUGGAAUGUGCACUGAUGUGUGCUACUUCGUACUCACCGUGUUCAUCUUUCAAUUUUUUACCCAAUGAAAAUGCUUGCCAACUUUUUCCAUACUUGUCGAAACAUUUCAGCGUUGGGGGCUCAAAUAAUAAAAAUUGUUUGUACUUUUAUAUGGUAAGUGACGAACCACUGAAAUAUGUAUUUAAAUUAAAUUUAGGAAAUUUGGCCAAUCUUGCCAUCAAGAGAACAACAUUUUCAAGUUCAGUUUAUCAAAAUCCAUUAUCUCCAACAAAUCAUGCAGUAGAUGGAAACAGAGGUGGUGUCCUUCUAACCGAUGGAUGUUUCCACAGUGAUUUACUUCCACCGAACUGGAUGGCAGUUGAUUUGUUGGAUGUCUACGCUGUCUAUUAUGUCAUGCUAGUCAGCCGAGCUGAUUGUUGUGGAGAAAGAUUAGAUAAUUACAAAGUUGGAUUGAACAGGAGCUUGGAACCUGUUGCCGUCAGAUGGAGCUACGAUAUUUGUGGGCUAUACCCCAAAAAGACAGAAGCUGCCUUCUGGUACAUAACUCUAUGCGAGAGUUAUUUGUAUGGACACAGAUAUCUCAUUGUGCAGUCAAAUGACACUCAAAUGUUGACUGUUUGCGAGUUGGAGGUUUAUGGGCAGUUGUUUGGCAUUUGA